GCAAAUUUAGUCAGCAUCGAGCUUUCGGCGGACUAUGUUGCGCCCUUUGAACCCUCCGUGCUAGGAUAUAGAGUGCCGCGUGCGGCCGAAUGUUCACUUCCACCGUUGUUUGUGCGUUCAGUGCGGAGUUGGAGCACCAGAGGAUAUACCUACAACGGACGAUCGGAGACGGGUGCCCUACAAAAACAAAAGGGAAAAAUCACUUUUGACGUAUCCGGUGGCGGGUUGUUGUUUUUGCUUUGUUUUGUUAUGUUUUUUUUUGCGGCCGUCAAUUAGUGGAUACUUUUCGACCUGCGGGUUCCGGUCUGGGUGCGACUGACUGCACCCAAAUGAGCUGUUGUAAUUUCAGUGCGUAACGUGGGAAAAGCGCGCCAAUUAUAAACGAUGACUGCGUGCUCCCAGCGGAGUGCAAUAGAAGCUAAUUGAAAGAGACCCUCCGACAGCGAUUAGGCGGUGUUGAUUUGCUUUGAAAUUGUGGCACCUACCGACGGCUGUUGUUUGAUUUCGUCGGAAUGCUGCGGGGCUUUUGAUGAUCUUGUCAGUGUGAGGGAAAAUCCGCUGCGAUGCAAUGAAAUGACUACACUACGUUGUGUUACACUGGGCCAUAUCAUCGGGAAAAAUGGAGAUUUGUUAGCUUGUUGUUGUGCCGUUUUUGAUAGCGUUUCUGUAAAUCAUAAAAUUCUUGCUAUAGUGAAAAUUUUGCUUUUGAAAGAAAACCGAGUACUAAAAUGUUCAAGUGAAAAACCGAAGGCUUUAAUUAUAUUGGUAAUCAAUUUGAGAACCGUACAGAUUUUGUAAUUAGGAGCAAUCAAGAAAAUUGUUUACAGCUCAUAAAGUAAUGCUAGAAGCGUUGAAAUAGAAUUCGAUUAAUGGAAAGUUUUCGGAUGGAUUCGGAAAAUUUCGGUAGUGGCAAUUAGCGCGGGACUUCCAAAACAGAUAAACAGUUCCGGAAGAAACGCAUCGCGAAAACGAUGGUUUUUGGGCUGCCUCCGAGCAUCGCAGUGAAAGUUUAAAUUGGUCAAAAAGCGUGAGUUGGCCCAACAGGAGCAGUGUAAAAUCGUAUGAACGAGGUAGAAAAAAAAAGAUUAAAAUGAAUUCAAUUAUCGUCCAAACUUUUUGAACGUGUUUCUGGCUACGAAUGUGACGACGGCGGCCAGUGAGCCGAGCCAGAGCAGAAAUUACAAAAGUGCCAGGACGAAAAAAAUAAAAAAAAAUCCUCGACAGAUGCUCCUUCCCGUUACGCGAAAAUAAUCCAGUUGGGUCGCAUUUAUGUUUUUCGGUAGCGGAAGUACGGCAGAAAGUCUAGCAGUAUCGCUAUGGAUGCAGUGUGAUAGUGAGGGUUGGGUGCGGAAAUAAAAGUUUCUUCUGUACCCUUCCUAGUUUAUCGCGUCCCUGGCGGCAAUACAUUUAAGUGAAACGAUGUGAUGUGAUUCGUGUGGUGUUUUUUUCUCUCUAUCUCGCUCUCGGUUGUUAGUUGUUAGGAAGAAUAUUGUGCAAACCAAGUCACUAGCAGUAGUCGGACGAGCAAGUUUUUUUUUGUAGUUGUUCUCAUGUCUUCAAGAUCUUAGCAAAGGAUCUGUGACCUCUAUUCGGUGCUUGCUUGCUAGUUCGCGCUAGUUUCGUGUGCAUGUGGGAAAAAAAGCUUUUCCGAAAAAAAAAACAUUGUUCAUAGUCGGUUGAGUUGUGCUGCGUACAUUCUCCGACUUUUGUCGGAUUGAUUUCCGAACAUUUCAACAUAAUUUCACCAUCGAGUUCAAAAGCCAGCAAGGCAGCAAAAUGGACAUCGAGCUCAUCGACAUCCGGACGCUCGGAUAUUUGUCCAGCACAAGCACGGUGGUGUCGGCAACAACAAUAUGUAACCUGACGGCGGUGGCGAAUCAAACCGACGGAACAGGCGAUGGAGGCGGAGCUGGUGGUGGCGGUGGAGGCCGUGGAAGCGGACCCGACGAUCCUGGCGAUGAUGAUGGCGACGUUGAUGCGUUAUCUCCCCUAUCGAUGUCGUUCCUCGGUGUUUUCCUGUCGAUUGUGAUAUUUCUCUCUGUAGCCGGUAAUAUUCUAGUAUGCAUAGCAAUCUACACCGAGCGAAGUCUGCGGCGGAUCGGGAACCUAUUUCUAGCGUCACUGGCCAUUGCCGACCUAUUCGUGGCGUCCCUGGUGAUGACGUUUGCCGGAGUUAACGAUUUAUUGGGUUACUGGAUCUUUGGAGCCCAGUUCUGCGACACCUGGGUGGCAUUCGAUGUCAUGUGUUCAACCGCUUCCAUCCUGAAUUUGUGUGCCAUCUCGCUGGACAGAUACAUUCACAUCAAGGAUCCGCUCAGGUACGGGCGCUGGGUGACGCGUCGAGUCGCCAUCGGAACCAUCGUCGUCAUCUGGCUGCUGGCGGCGCUAGUGUCGUUCGUGCCGAUCUCCCUGGAUCUGCACCGGGACAAGCGGGACGAGACGGACACCUCGCUCAUCAUCAACGGCGUCAAGUACGAAACGUGCGCCCUGGACCUGACGCCAACCUAUGCCGUCGUUUCUAGUUGUAUAAGUUUCUAUGUACCUUGUAUAGUUAUGAUCGGGAUCUACUGCAGGCUCUACUGCUACGCCCAGAAGCACGUCAAAUCGAUACGAGCGGUGACGCGACCGGGUGAAAUCAGCGAAAAACGCUAUCGCAGCAUACGGCGACCGAAACCGAACAAGAACAAGCUGAAACUACGCCAGCUGGCUCACCAGGCCAGCUCGCCGUACCACGUUUCGGACCACAAGGCGGCCAUCACGGUGGGCGUCAUCAUGGGUGUCUUCCUGGUUUGCUGGGUGCCGUUCUUCUGCGUCAACAUCAUUGCCGCCUUCUGCAAGACCUGCAUCGGUCCGCAGACAUUCAAGGUGCUGUCCUGGCUCGGAUACUCCAACUCGGCGUUCAAUCCAAUCAUCUAUUCGAUCUUCAACACCGAGUUCCGGGCGGCGUUCAAGCGAAUCCUGACGACGCGCAGUGCCUGGUGCUGCGGACAGGAAAUGGGUAAUAUCUAUCCACGGCACAGCGAUCGCUACGUGACGGACUACGCGGCCAAGAAUGUGGUCAUGAACUCCGGCCGGUCGUCGGCUGAUCUGGAGCAGGUAUCGGCCAUCUGACCCUACUAGAAUAACAUCAACAACACCCAGGUGUAAAUGGGGAGCAGCUACCCACACUGAGUGUAUAAAAGAGGAUUUCUUUUUCGUUCCGUUCGGUGGAAGAAAACGGAUGUGGUUAGGCCAAUGUUUUGUUUCCGUUUGUGUUGUGAAGGGUCGGUGAGAUUUCUGGGUCAGGGUACUAGGGCACAAAACUGUGGUUCUGUGGUAAACUACUUCUAUUCAGUUCAAGCUUUUGUUUUAUUUAUUUUAUUUAUUUAGUAUUGAAGUAUUGAAGCUUAAAGAGCUUUUCAAACAGCUAAAGUUACUACCUGAAUAAACGAGCAGAACUCAUACGCAUGAGUUGUCGCUAUCUAUGCUGUACUUGUAGUUAAAAUUGCACUGCUAUGCAUUGAAAAAUCGAAGACGGUACGUCAGAAACAGGAUGUACUUCUACAGUGAAUCAUUUGAACAAACCUGAUAUAAAAACCAGGUUCGAAACUGACUAGAUUUUCAGUUCAACAACGUUGAAACUAGGUUCGAAACUAACUUCAAACAAACGGUUUGACAGCAGUUAGGGCGGAAACUGGAUUAGGUUUUACAUCAAGCGAAAAUAUCAUCAUAAAAAAACGAAAGAACUCACACACAACGUAAAUCCUAGCUUGCUUUGUUUAUUGGGUAAUGACAGAAUAUUAAAUCUUUCGACAUGUGAUAUUAGAUUUCGUGUCUAUGUUUUGUAAAAUUCAGCUAAACUAGUAGAGAUAUUAAAGAAAUGUAUCAUUUUCACAUUAUUCGGAAAUUUAAGUAAAUUGCGACCCUCCUUUUAUGCGCACCUACCGCGACGUAAUGCAUAUAUAAAUAACGGUCCUCAACAGAAACAAUACUUAUGUCAAUCCAAUACAUUGUCGAAUCGUUUCAUCAUUCCAAUUGAAAUGAAAAAUGAAGGAAAUUUAAAUCGUUUUUGCUUGUGAAAACUGAAACUGACCCAAGGUAAUUUAAUCAAGUAAACACUUCACCCGAAACUGUGUUAGGUUUGCACUCAGCAACGGGGUUUUAAAAUCAGGUUCGAAACUGACUAGAAUUUCAGUUCAAUGACGUUGAAAUUGGUUUUUAACAAACGGCUUGACAGCCGUUAGUGUGGAAACUGGGUUAGGUUUGGCAUCAAGCGAAAACGGCUUUGACGUUUCAGACUUUAACAUAGUAACCGACGCUUAGAAUUUCAGAGAAGAAUGCACAUAUAAAAUAGUAUUCUAUUUGGAGGAAAAAUAUUGUCAAAAUGAGAAAAUGUUUACAAAUUUUGGUAAGCACUCAUUCUGAACUGGAUAAACAUUUUUGAUAGUGUUAUUGCAAUAACACUAUCAAAAUGUUUAUCCAGUUCAGAGUGAGUUCCGAAUCAAAUCCGAAAUGGGCGAUGAAUUUUCAGUCGGAAUUCUCUGUGCAAUUCGAUAUUAAUUCCAAAUCAAUUCUUAGAGUUUUCUCUACAAUUGUGGCAAAUCAUUGGAAAUCACCUAUUACAGGAUCGGUUUUUGUCCUAGGUCCAACUGUUAGUCCACUUUCCGAGCCAGUUUCGUACCAGCCUCAAGUUGGUUAAAAAUGACAUAAGCAAGUAUAAGUUGUUAAAAUUAAUAUUCCUGCAGGGUGGCAUAAAAAGUGUUGUCAGUAUCGUCAGUAAAAAUUUAGAUAUUGCACAGUGCUCCGAAACGGGAAAUGGCGAGACAAAAAUAUUUUCGCUAUUAAAUAUUAUUUUGUUGCAGUUGAUGUCUUCACCAAAGUUGUUUGCAUUCAACUUUUUCGGAGUAAAAGUAGAGUGGCUCUCGUAAAGUCACUUUUUGUUCUAACUUUUAUGUGAACUGUUUUACAAGAAAAUCGUCUUCCGAAGAUUUGUCAAGCUAAUUAUUGCGCACAAUUUUGCUCAACUAAGAUUUAAACUAUAAGCUACCAUUCAAAAGUUUAGUUUUUUUUUCGUCAAAAAAUAUUCAACCUUCUAAUAAUGCCAGAUCGAUAAAAUACGGUUUCUGAAAGGUAAAAUAAGCCAUAUAACUCUUAACCACCAAAACGUAGCAACUGUUUGACGUCGUUUCCAAAUUCAAGAUGGCGUCUUUCGGAUAUUCUAAACGCCUUGAAAAUCGUUACAAAACAAGUAUAUUCGGAACAGGUUUGAUAAGUAGAUGUUUCAGGUCGUUCCUAAAUUUAAAUCGGUGACUUUCAGUUAAUCUAUAUUCCAUGAAAAUCAUAACAAUAUGAGUAUUUCUGACAGGGUUUGUGAGAAAUUCUGGCAGCCGGCAGAGGCUGGCAAGAUUCCGGUAGCUGUCAAAAUUUUGCAGGCGAAAUUGCGUAAUUCUAUCGCCACGUCAUAUUUUGAAAGAUAUUCACUUGAUAUUCGUCAAUCCUACAUGUACAUUCAAAAAUGAAAACGUGUCUUGAAACCAAGUAAAUGAAAUGAAAAUACUGGUAUAUUAAGAGAAGAAGCUUUGCAUAUCAUGUUUGGUAGUGCAAAAGCUAUGUUAUUGCCCCUUACUUAAACUCGUAAUGGAAAAAAUAAUACCAAUGAAGACACGAUUCAAAACGGUCCUGGCAGUCUAGUAUGGGAAAAAUCCGGCAAACCCUUCGAGCAGACUUUACCAAGAACAUGAACAAGAGGUCGUUUUUAACUUCAAAAUGGCGACUUCCGAAUAAUCGAAAUACCUUAAAAGCCAUUACAGUAAGCAUUUUCGGAACGGGUUUGAUAAGUAAAUGAUAACAAAAUGAUGUUUGAGGUCGUUUUGGUAUCAAAGAUGUUGACUUCCAGUUAUUCGACUGCCAUUGAAAACCAUUCCAAUAUGCGUGUUUCCGAGACGCGCCUUAUAAGUACGUGUUAUAAAACGAUGUUUGAGGAAGUUUCAAAAAACAAACUUGCGACUUCCGGUUUAUCGAAAUACCUUAAAAACCAUUACAAUAUGAAUAGUAUUUUGUUCUUGCAACUGUAUUCCAUUCUGCACACAAAUAUCAUGACUUUAACAAAUAUUAUUAUGGUAUGAAAAAAAUAUUGCUCACCAAUACUUUUACAUUUAUUUUUUCCAGCAUCUAAUCAUCGUCACCUUAAAAACUAUUACAAUAUGGAUAUUUUCGAAACUUUUUUUUUCAUAAAUACGUUUAUUUCAUAGGCAAUAUACAUAAGUUUUUCUUCGCCGUGGCAUCCACAGUACAAAGUACUUUAAACCUAAUACAUUUCGAAUAUAAUAUUAUUAUGUUGGUAUUCAUUAGUUAAUCUAAACACUGUUUUUAUCAAUUUUUCGAAACUGAUGUGAUAUAUUAUCGUGUUCCACAUAGAGCACGGUUUUGUUUUUUAAUGUGAUAAUAUAAUUUUCAAGGCACACUGCGAUGGUUCUAGAUAUUCCGAAGACACACGUUUUUGUUGUUGUUGUUGUUAAUAGCAGUUCAACUGCAUUGAAUUGAAUGUAUACUACGUUAUAGGUUUUGUUCAGUCGAAUGCCUGUGUCUAUAACAAAGUUUUCAUAUUUUUGAGAAGUUGAAUUUUACAUUGCUUGUUAUUAACAGCGACUGUAUUUCCCGGUUCGCUAAGUUUACUCAUUUCAAAAUCGUCUCAUUGCUCACUCAACAGCACUAUGUUGUGAUUUUUAUAGAUUGUGCCGGAGAAAGCGGCAUGUUUUGCACAUGCCAAUUUUUUGUCAGCCUAACAGAACAUGCACUCAACCAAAAAAGCUCUUGAGUGCUUCUCAUUUAAACAGGAAUUUUCGUGUAUGAAGUUAAUUUUCAAAAACGCGAUUCGAUGUUAUUUUCUAAAACUUAUUGAGGUUGGUUGUCAUUGACUUAAUUUCAUCUUAACGCACUGAAUUUCCUUAGUUAAGUGGUUUUGAUUAUAGAAGUGUGGUUGAAAAAAACAAAACUCAAGACAAAUUUAUGGAGUUUACUCAUCACUGGUCGCAGUGAAGCUGGUGCUACUGUGCCUCACUCAGCAAUCUCACCGUUCAAAUACUAAAACUAAUUUUACGUGGUUAACAUGCACAAAACACUAAUACGUAAACACAGAUAUAGUCACGAUUCCAUAACAAAAAGCAAUCUAAACACUAAGCUAGUCAAAUUCGGAUGAAGGAGGUAAACCAAAGGCAUGAACCCAGUCAAAUAAAGAAAAUAGCUAGGAAUCUAUCUAAGUAUGUUAACCCUAAAGGUCACUGUUUUUCCUGUACUACAACACCAAAACCAAAAUCCUUCCAAUGUAUCAACACAUUUCAGAAAAGCAGGUCCGGAAAAAAACGAAACAUGUAAAUACUACAAUUUUUUUUCGGUACACACUCCGUACAAUGAAGCAAACAUUUAAUUUCGUUUCAAAUCUUUUUUUUCUACACUGCGAGAAAUUAGCAAUUGUAGAUGGCAAAGUAGUAUAAAAUCCCUCACUUAUCGAAAUUGUAGCAAAGCACCAGUGAAAGCAAUGGCAAACCACAAGCGCGGUGUGAUUCGGAAAAAAAUGUGCUCAAAAUGAGAUUGAUGUUUUUGCUGUUGUUGAUGUUCAAACGAGUAAACCAAAAGAACAUAUUUAGUAUAGAAAGCCGUACGAUGCAGUUCAACCAGCGAGAUUCCAUUGCAAACAGAAAAAAAAACGCGAAGGACACUUUCGUAAUUUGAUAGUAGGAAGCUAAAAUCUUGCGGUUAUUCACCGUCGUCCCAUUCCAGGAAUUCUUCUGUCAGUUUGAGUGUCAAAUCAGUUUCUUCACAUCAGCGAGCUACCGGCAACACUGAUUUUCUGCACGUUUAUUUGACAAACGUUUUUUAAUCUGAUCGAUGAUGAUUGAAAGCGUUGUAAUACGCUCGAAUUGAGAAUCAUGACCCUAGCAAAUUGUUGUGGAAAGAAAACGAUGUAAUCUAAUACCCAUUUUCUCCGCAAAAAGUUAAAUUCACAUAUCCUUAGCACUAAACAGGUCCAAAUCGUAUUCCAAAUACCAAAAUAAAAGAAAGAACGAUGAAAAUAGCUAAUCGUCUAAUGUUAGAAGCAAUUUCUUUGACACUAAUCAUAGGAUGUAGUAAGAAGAGCACUGAUAAUAGUUAUCAGUAUAGUGCAACUGCUGUGUUUAGCUGUUAAGUUUUAAGCAUUUCAAAUGACAUACAACUAAAAUUCCGAAUAAACGAUCGACUCUCACAUAGGACACAUUCAUUCAAGAGACACUAUAAUUAUGCGAAAACAAGACUGAUUAUUGUUUAUUUACCAGAGCGUCGUGAUGUACGUAAGAAUACUACUAGUAGUGGAACAAAACCAAAAAAAAGUCUACUGUGAAAUAAAUUUAGUGAAUGGUACGUGUAGUGAUCGGAAGUGAAAAGUAAACUCGAUAGAAACUAACGGACAAAUCGUGAAAGGAAAACUAAACCUGAAAAGAAAAUGUAGAAACAAAUAAUGAUUUAUUUAUAGAGAACAUCAAUUGAAUCAAAAUUGCAAACAAAUUUCGUAUUAUGCUCACACGAAACUCAACGUGAACAAUCCAAAAGAUACCAGAUACCGAUACUACUGUUACUAAUUAGAUUCACUUACUGUAGAGUGGCGGAAAAAGAUAAUACAAAUACAGAGAUGGCGCGUCUAUUCCGCGUCCAACCAUUGAUGAAAAACAAAAGAGCUGAACUAAUCAAAUGUCUAAACUUUUUCCUACUACUAAGGGAAAACAAAAAGAUAUAAAUCGUCAAAAGCACGCGUAUAUUUUGUAAAAGGGAAUGCAUUUCCACGAACGGGAUCCACUGUGAAAAAUAGCAUAAAAAGAAAACAACAGAAGAAUAAUACAAAGUUCCAGCUGAAUAAUGUAAUGUUUAAUUAAUUAGGACAAAUUGUAACAAACCGACACACAGUCACGCAGAAAUAGGUCUAUGAUUGUUCUUUGUUGUGAAUAGUUUGUCGAUAAUAAAACAAAAACAAAACAAACCAAAUACAGAAACGAGAAAUACAAUUUGCAGCUUGAUUUGAAAA